GUAUACGAGACUUACUUUUUAACCUCAGGAAUUGUCAUAUCAAACGCAUACAGGUCAUUAGCCUACAUCAGCGCGUGAUGCACUCUAUGGAAAAACCUCACAGAGAAUUAAAGUCGUAGGUCAUUGAACAAACUAAGACACCUGAACUGUACUCUGGAAACCGACGGAAUGCAGGUAAUUCUGUUUGCAGCUACAGUGCUCUUUACGCACGACCUCGCCGUGGCUGAGCCGAAGACGAAAUGUCCAUCCAAGUGUGAUGUGAGUAAAUGUCCGAGCCCGAGCUGUCCGAGCGGUUAUGUGCCCGACCACUGCAGCUGCUGUCUGGUGUGCAGCCUGGGCGAGGGCGCGCCGUGCGGGCGGAAGGAUGAUGUUCCGUGUGGCGACGGGCUGGAAUGUAGAUUUCCAGCCGGUAAGCGACUUUCCAAAGGUGUUUGCCAGUGUAAGAAAACUCACAGAGUGUGUGGCAGCGACGGGAAGACCUACGGGAAUGUGUGCAAGAUGAGGGUAGCCGCGCUUAAAGCGCAACAGCGAGGGCUCCCCGAAAUAACCCAAACGCACAAGGGUCCAUGUGCACCAUCAAGCUCAGGUCCUGCACAUCUGAACAGCCCAAGAUACAAGUUUAACUUCAUCGCUGAUGUGGUGGAGAAGAUUGCCCCUGCUGUGGUACAUGUUGAGCUCUUCCUCAACCAUCCGCUGUAUGGCCGUCAUGUACCUCUAUCAAGUGGUUCUGGAUUUAUAAUGACACAAUCCGGUCUGAUUGUGACCAAUGCUCAUGUGGUUGCUAGCAGCGCACCAGUCACAGGCCGCCAGCAUCUACGAGUGCAGCUACACGAUGGCCAGACAUACGAAGCCUCCAUCAGAGACAUUGACACGAAGUCUGAUAUUGCCACGAUCAAAAUUAACCCAAAGAAAAAAUUGCCAGUGUUAUCACUGGGUCAGUCUGCUGACCUGAGGCCUGGUGAGUUUGUGGUUGCCAUUGGCAGUCCGUUUGCGCUUCAGAACACAGUCACAACAGGCAUCGUCAGCACAACACAGAGAGAUGGAAAAGAGCUCGGCAUCCGUGACUCUGACAUGGACUACAUCCAAACUGACGCGAUCACCAAUUAUGGAAACUCAGGAGGUCCGCUUGUUAAUCUGGACGGUGAGGUGAUCGGAAUAAACACACUAAAAGUGACUGCAGGGAUCUCUUUUGCAAUUCCAUCAGACCGAAUCAAUAAAUUCCUUGAUGAAUCUAACGAUAAAGAGCAGAAAGAUGUAAAAGUCCCAAAGAAAAGAUUUAUUGGAAUCAAAAUGGUCACUUUAACAGAGAACCUAGUCCAGGGAUUAAAAUGGCAUAAACCAGACUUUCCAGAUAUCGGCAGUGGAAUUCUUGUCCAUGAAGUUGUCCCAGACUCCCCAGCUCAGAAAGGUGGGCUUGAAACAGGUGAUAUUAUAGUGAAGCUAAACGGCCAUCCUUUGGUCAACACUGGAGAACUACAGGAGGCGAUUCAGGAAGACAUGCCCCUCCUUCUGGAAGUGCGGCGUGGUAAUGAUGACCUACUAUUUAACAUUGAGCCUAAUAUCCUCAUGCAGUGACAACGUCAGAGAUGGGGAACCAGAGGAGUGAUCAGAAGGACAAGCACAAGUGAAGCAGAUUGCUAGAGACCUAAGUGUGCUUGAGUUUCUACAGAUGAAUGUUAGAGAAGCAGAUGUCAUUGCAUCUGGGUUUCAAAGGACAAAUGAAGGAAAAAAGAACAAUUGCCUACCGAACUACUUUUGACCAUUAAAAAAAAAAAUUUGUCUCGUAAACUGAAUUUCCUUCAAGCCUGAGUUGAACUGACUGAGAGAUCAGUAAUCAUUUAGAAAAAUAAAAUAGGCCAUUUGUCGAUACACUUUAUACAUAGGCUACUGAAUGUUUUUGGCACACGAAGUGUAUUAUUUUAAAUGUAUAUGAUACUGUUGCUUACAGGAAAUAACAUCAGUCACAGUGUUCUUUGCACACAGCUUUUGUCAAGGCAACGGCUGAUAUUGUUUAUUAGUUUUAUUGAAAGCAUAAUAUUUGUAAAAUGAAUAUGUAUUUUGAUAAGUGACUCAGAUAUAAUUUUUUUUAUUUGACAAAGUGUCUGACACUGUUUUACAAUUUACAAGGACUUUAAUGAUUGUAAUCAAAUGUUUAGAAUUGUCACAACUAUUUUACUUAUUUGUAUCACACAGUGAAUUCUGGAGCAGGAACAGCCAGGCAGAAUAAAUCCAGACUUUGUGACAUUAGUUCAGUCCUGUAACAUCCUACACAGAGGAAUAAAUAAAA